ACUGCCUCCUUUAAGAAGCUGGGAAGGAAGCGCGUUCUUACCGCUUCUCUUUUCUUCCUGUUGCUUUUGGGCUGUUUGGCAGUAAACUCCCGGCCAUGCCUGAACCCUCCAAAUCCGCUCCGGCCCCGAAGAAGGGCUCCAAGAAGGCAGUGACCAAGGCGCAGAAGAAGGACGGCAAGAAGCGCAAGCGCAGCCGCAAGGAGAGCUACUCCGUGUACGUGUACAAGGUGCUGAAGCAGGUCCACCCGGACACCGGUAUCUCGUCCAAGGCCAUGGGCAUCAUGAAUUCGUUCGUGAACGAUAUUUUCGAGCGCAUCGCGGGCGAGGCGUCGCGCCUGGCGCAUUACAACAAGCGCUCGACCAUCACAUCCAGGGAGAUCCAGACGGCCGUGCGCCUGCUGCUGCCCGGGGAGCUGGCCAAGCACGCCGUGUCUGAGGGCACCAAGGCCGUCACCAAGUACACCAGCUCUAAGUGAGCCGGCCCGCCACGGAGUGAUCGAACUACAUCCAUCACUUCGUGAUCCUGCUGAAGCCAUCAGUGCAAUUAAACUCAUCAGAGUACUCAGAACAACGUCCACUAUGGAUUCUUCACGUCUGUCAUCCUGACAGUCCUCCGAUACAUUUUCAUUGGAUCCAAAAUCUUGGUGGAGGAAAAUCCCUGAACACUAUCCUGACUUCUUAAGGUGGAAUGCUUAUCUCUUUAGGCUACAUGAGACUGUAGCUGUUGCUUCCUUCAAACCUAGUGUUAAAUUUUGGCAGUGGCCAUACUGUGGGACAUAGACUUCUAAAAGCCACAAACCAUGACUUUGAAUAGUUUUUCAGUUGUAAUUUGAUGGAGUUAAGAAAUAUAAUUGAAGAAUAUAUGCCAUUUAUCCGUACCAUGUGCUGCUGCUCUGAUGUUUCAGACUUCAGUCUAUCCUAUGUAGGAAGGUGAAAGCUUGCAAUAGUCCUUUAAGGCCACUCUCAUUCCAUAUCUAUUUUCUAGAUGCACAGAGACAGGGAGUAUUUUGUCUAAAUAGCUAGAGGAUCAAUGACAGAGUCAGAUUUUAAGCCUCAUGGUAGUGGCCAUCACUAUAAAAAUGAUGUAUUUUGUGGUCUUCUUUCAAAACAAAUAAAUAAAUGGAGAUGGGC